GGAGGCACCUCUCGGGACUGGUUUUCACUCUCGGCACUCGGCGUAGCGUCAGUGUGGCCGGUGCUGCGUUUUCUCGCUGCCAUUUGCCGGUACUCGUCCGUCGUGCACGCGAAUCGCGCAGCUUUUUCGAAAUCCUUCGCUCCAGAGGCCGCAAGCUCGCGAGCUCGCUGGGAAAAAACGGUCGCGAAACGGGCAGCGAUUUUCCAGUGGUACCUCGUGCUCUGGUGCGAUGAGAAAGUGCAGUAAUUCAAGAUUGGUAGAAGUUUCGAGUGGCACAUUCGUUCCAUCGAAUGGCAGGCAAUUGGACGUGGUUGUCGCGAGGUGGAAUUAAACGGAAAUGGCAAUAGGGCUGACUACUUUGUUCAGUACUACUUCGGUCCUCGGGUUCAGCCUGAUUCCUCUUCUAGCGAUCGGCUUGACCGUAUUCCGAUAUAACCAGGCGGAUCCAGAAUCUCGUCCGGCUGAUGCACGCCAGCUUCUACGAAUGUACGAUUUCAUAGUGAUCGGCGGAGGAAGCGCAGGUGCGGUGAUCGCGUCGAGAUUGUCGGAAAUAUCAAAUUGGACCGUGUUGCUUCUAGAAGCGGGGGGCGACGAAAAUGAAAUUUCGGAUGUGCCUAUAUUGGCUGGAUACACCCAACUGUCAGAAAUGGACUGGAAAUACCAAACUUCGCCACCGACUGCGUCAGCAUACUGUCUCGCCAUGAUCGGUGACAGGUGCAACUGGCCGCGUGGAAAAGUGCUUGGUGGCAGCAGCGUAUUGAACGCUAUGGUUUAUGUCCGGGGUAAUCGCCGCGAUUACGACAACUGGGCCAGACUGGGCAACGUUGGCUGGAGUUACAACGAGGUCCUCCCUUAUUUCCUGAAAUCCGAGGACAACCGCAAUCCCUACCUCGCACGGACGCCUUAUCACGGCACGGGUGGUUACCUGACCGUCCAGGAGGCACCAUGGAGAACACCGCUAUCGAUCGCGUUCCUGCAAGCAGGCAAGGAGCUAGGCUACGAGAACCGCGACAUAAACGGCGCGAAUCAGACCGGUUUCAUGCUAACCCAGGGGACGAUCCGUCGAGGUAGUCGCUGCUCCACUGCCAAAGCGUUCCUGAGACCAGUGAAGAACAGAGGGAACCUGCACAUAGCGAUGAAGGCGCAGGCGUUGAGGGUGCUAUUCAACGAAGACAAGAGAGCCACGGGUGUCGAGAUCCUCCGGGAUGGUCGUCAGCAAGUAAUAAGGGUCAGACGAGAGAUCGUCUUAUCGGCUGGAACGAUCAACUCCCCUCAGCUGCUGAUGUUAUCCGGGAUCGGGCCUAGGGAACACUUGACAGAGUUCAAUAUACCCGUGAUAUCCGACCUGAGAGUCGGUGAUAAUCUCCAGGACCACGUGGGUCUCGGCGGGCUAACGUUCAUAGUGAACGAGCCGAUCAGCUUGAAAAAGGACCGUUUCCAGACGAUGCCAGUGAUGAUGGAGUACGUUCUCAAUGAGAGAGGUCCGAUGACCAAUCCUGGGGUCGAAGGUCUAGCCUUCGUGAACUCGAAAUACGCGGAUCCGACAGCAGACUACCCUGAUAUCCAGUUCCACUUUGCACCUAGUUCGAUCAACUCUGACGCCGGGGAUCAGAUCAAGAAGAUUCUAGGUCUGAGAGACAGGGUGUACAAUACUAUGUACAAGCCACUAAAUCACGCUGAAACGUGGUCCAUUUUACCGCUCCUGCUGAGACCCAGAAGCUCUGGUUGGGUGCGUCUGAAGAGCAAGAAUCCGCUCGUGUAUCCGGAUAUUAAUCCGAAUUAUUUCACGCAUAAGGAGGAUAUGGAUAUUCUGGUCGAGGGUAUCAGGAUCGCGUUGCAGCUGUCCAACACGACGGCCUUUCAGAGGUUUGGCUCCAGGCCACACACUAUCCGCAUGCCAGGCUGUCAUAGGUAUCCCUUUGAUACUUAUGAUUAUUGGGAGUGCGCUAUUCGACAUUUCACCUUUACGAUCUAUCAUCCAACUGGCACAUGUAAAAUGGGACCAAGGAACGACCCCACAGCAGUCGUGGAUCCCAGGCUAAGGGUGUACGGGGUGAAAGGGCUGAGGGUGGCGGACGCAUCGAUCAUGCCCGUGAUCGUCAGCGGAAACCCGAAUGCUCCGGUCAUUAUGAUAGGUGAGAAAGCGAGUGACAUUAUUAAGGAAGACUGGAUGUACAAGAAGAAACGAUACGUGGGAAGAUGACCAGGGUAGUAGAGAUUUCUUCGACUGAAGUGAGUUUCCGAGUGGUUAAAAUGGACA